GAAUGAUGGCGUCUUCGGCAGCCCGCUGCUCCUCACGCUGGAUUACAGUUUUCGUGUCCUCUGGACAGCACAGGGCUGCUGCUGCGGUUGUCUGCACAAGUCAUGGAGGGGUACGAAGUUUCUCUACCGUGGGAGCGGAGAAGCUGUGGAGGGGAGGGAACCUGAUGAGUGGCGGAGCUGGGAAAGCGUUGACAUUGAGAGGGCUGUCAGGUAUCAAAUCGCUUAAUGCUGUCAGCACACUGUCCUUUCACACAAGUGCCCCUGCAAGCAGCAAGCAGGACUACUACCAGGUCUUGGGUGUACCCCGCACAGCAACUCAGAAAGAGAUCAAGAAAGCCUACUACCAGAUGGCCAAGAAAUAUCACCCCGACACCAACAAAGACGACCCUCAAGCCAAGGAAAAAUUUGCUCAGCUGGCUGAAGCUUAUGAGGUCCUUAGUGAUGAAGUUAAGAGGAAGCAGUAUGAUACAUAUGGCUCAGCAGGCUUCGAUGCUGGUCAGGCCGGUGGAGGGCAGCAGUACUGGUCUGGACAGGCCCAGAGCGUAGACCCAGAAGAGCUCUUCCGUAAAAUCUUUGGGGAAUUUUCUGGAGGCAGAGGCUUCAGAGACUUCAAUGCUAUUUUUGAUCAGCCACAGGAGUACAUCAUGGAGCUGACAUUCACUCAAGCUGCAAAGGGGGUCAACAAAGAAAUGACUGUUAAUAUGGAUUCAGCAUGUCAGCGCUGUGAUGGCAAAGGUCAUGAGCCUGGCACUAAGGUCCAGCACUGCCACUACUGCAACGGCUCUGGCAUGGAGACAGUGAACACAGGCCCGUUCGUGAUGCGCUCUACAUGUCGUCGCUGUGGUGGCAAAGGCACAGUCAUCUCGUCCCCCUGUCAUUCCUGCCGUGGGACAGGCCAGACUAAACAGAGGAAAACUGUGAUGGUUCCUGUGCCUGCAGGUGUGGAGGAUGGUCAAACAGUCAGAAUGCCAGUUGGUAAGAAGGAAGUCUUCAUCACAUUUAGGGUCCAAAAAAGUCCAGUGUUCAGGAGGGAUGGCGCAGACAUCCACUCUGACCUUCUUAUCUCUGUGGCACAAGCUAUCCUGGGCGGCACAGCCAGAACACAAGGCCUCUACGAAACACUAAAUUUAUCUAUCCCAGCAGGCAUCCAGACUGACCAGAGGAUACGUCUGGCAGGGAAGGGAAUCGCUCGUGUCAGUGGCUAUGGCUUUGGAGAUCAUUAUGUCCAUGUCAAAAUAAAAGUACCGAAGACUCUCACAGAUAGACAAAGAAGUCUGCUCAUGAGCUACGCUGAAGACGAGACAGAUGUGGAGGGGACGGUGAACGGAGUCACUGCCACCACGACAGGUAAAAGAUCAUCCUGGAACUGAGAGGCUUGAUCGUUCGAUCCGAAGGCAGACUGGAGGACUGAGUGAAACAGGAACAGUCAUUUUGUGUGGUUGAGGAGUAUUUGGUGUUGGAGGAGGCCUACAAAUAUUCUGGAGGAUCAACAAGGAGCUGUCUACCCACACAGAUCGAUCUGCAGAGAAGCGUUACCUGCUCUGAAUGCACAUACAAGAGGAUGUUCCAGCGUGCCAAUUGCUUCUGUCCAAUAAGGAAACAGAGACUUUAUCUUUCAACGUAGCAGACGGCGCAUGUUGGUUUUCUGCCAGUGGUUAUAGGAAAAGCAGAAUCCAAGUGCUGAGGCAUAAAUUAUUCUAAAAAUAAAGACUGUAGAAGUUUUAUUUGGGAUUGAAUGAACCUAAUCCUUUUGUUCUGUACACUAUAGCUGUUUUAUUAAUGCUAGAAUCUUUUCUCAGUGACAGUCUACCAGUUGAACAUCUCCACAGUUUUUUAGUUUAGCUGUUGGAUAGACUUCAGCUGUGUCUCUAGAGGGUAGACCGUCUCCUGUCUCUCUUGAGAACUAAAUCCUGGAAAGCUAACAUUAAGACGAGACUCUCCUGAACUGCAGUCACUUCUUACAAGACACUGUCCCUCCUUUAACCCUUUGUAUAAUGCGCCUUCAUUACAUUUGUACAUAGACAGUUGUGGAUCAUAUAGCUUUAUCAGUCUGUCACAUAGACAAAAUAUACUGUACAUCUAUAAUAAAACUAUGGUCUGGAA